AUGGUUCGGGUGCAGCAACUUACCGCCGAGGUCCUACUGAGCGACCCGAGGCGAGGCCCAGCCGUUCCAAAUAGAGACGGGACACACGCUCUCUAUACAGUCUCUGCACAUGUUCUCGGCGGCAAGACAAGGCAAGAGGUCCGCAUUCUCAAUAUCGAGACUGGGAAGUCGACGCAGCUUUCCAGCGAUCCUCUUGUCCACGAUGCUCUCUGGAUUCCCUCUGCGAAGCUCGAUAUCAUCUAUCUGCGGUCCGCGGAAACUGGUCGAACUCAGGUGCUGGUAGCGUCAGCAGCAGAUGUAUCGGCCGAGCACUAUCUCGCAGCAGAGAUUGAUGCCCCAGUGUCGAACCUGAAGCUGAGAGCUUUGGACAAUGGCAGCGUCGCGUUCGUAGUCACUGCUCUUGUGGGCGAGUCCGGGCUGUACAACCAAGAGGCCGCCCAGAGGGGGUCAACAGCGAGAUGGAAUGCCUCGUGCAGGCCCAACAGAUGCAGCCUCUGGUACAACGAGCUGGCGCUUCGCAACGGUCGCUGGGAGCUUCAAGGGGAGCUCUUCAAUUUGUUUGACGACAUAGAUCUGGAAGCUCCAUCCAACACCUAUACCGACGCGCCCUGCAACGACUUUGAUAUCUGCCGGAACGGCAUUGCCUUUGUCUCGCGGAAUUUGAGGGAACCUGGGCCAGAUGGAAGCCCGGCCCUGUCUCUCUACUUUGUACGCCUGGAUUCCUUUUGUUUGCCCCCGGAGGGCAUGCCCCGACAGAUAUUCAUACCCACCACCUUUGAGCCUGCGUCCAUCACAAACGUGAGAUUUACGCCUGAUUCAUCGAGCAUUGGAUUCCUCUACACAGCCCAUGAGGAUCCCUACAACACUCGGUUGUUUCUGGCUUCUGUUCACUCGCUCGACGCUUUUGACGUCUUUGGCUUGGUGACUUGCAUCGAUGACAGAGACGACAACCCGCCAACGGCCUUUGAGUUUGCCGGCAGCUCUGAUUCUUUGAUUCUGCAAAGCCAUCAGCUGGGUCACCGAGUGCUCUCCCACCUCACGCUGUAUGACGGGGCCGAACCGGAGACGUUCUUCACGGGCAGCAGCUGCAGUGCCUUUUACCCGUUGAGGGAGGGAGACUGGAGCGUCCUUUUUACCACAUCGUCCAAUUUUGUCGACAGCAGCCUGUGGCAGAUUGUGAACGUUUCGGAGGCCAGUAUCCUGAAGACCGUAUCUUCUGCAACCAAGAGUGGCGCCAAGUUUGAUCUUGCGUUCAACAUGGUGACGGAGCUCUGGUACGAGGGCGCAAACAGCUACUUUGUCCAUUGCUGGAUGAUAAGGCCACAGGGCUUUGACGAGAACAAGAAGUAUCCUUGGGUGUUGGUGCCUCGCGGCAGCCCGGGCACGGCUUGGAACAACGAAUGGUCAACAACGGCACGUGUAAACGCAUCGCUGACGAUGAUUGCCCCCCUCUGCGGCAUUCGCAGCCAGAGGGGAGACAAACCUUUUCAGGACCUCCUCAGCCUGAUCACGUACCUGCAGGGGGUGCCUUAUCUCGACGAAUUCAGGGCUACUCUAGUGGGAAGCAGUGGUGCUGCCUAUCUGCUAAACAAGAUCCUGGGACACGACAUUGCCAACAAGUUCUGCUGCGCAGUGUACCAUAGCGGAUCAAUUGACCCUCCCGCACCCCUUUCGCGCAAAGAGCCCGCCUUUGAAAGCUUCGACCAGCUCAACUCAUCGUACACGCAUGCGAAUCUAGAUAUAUACGAGAAUGACAUGGUUCGGUCGACGUUUUUCAACGGCUGGAAGAACGCACCGCCAACCCUCAUCAUCCACGGGGAAAAGGACAAACAAUGCUCCCUCACCGAGGCACUGACGGCGUUCAACUCGCUGCAGGCCCAGGGCAUCCCCAGUCGGCUCUUGACAUUCCCAGAUGAGAGUCACGUCACGGUCAAGCCCGAGAACACUCGGAUUUGGUACGAUGUGGUAUGGGAGUGGGUAAGGAAGUGCUCCGACGGCGAUCUUUAUUGA